AUGGCAACAACGGAUGAUCGUCGAGCAUCCCCCAAUGAAUCAUCCCACAGAGAUACACCCUUAUUUAAAAGAGCUCUCUUGAGACGUCGAGGUGAUAAUAGUCUUCUUUAUAAAAUUAGUUCAAAAGAGGGUUAUAAUCUAGAUUCUUCUUCAUUGAAUGAGAUUGGUAGAGAAAAGGAGGAAGAAGAGGAAAGAAUGCAAAGAGUAGUAAACAAACCAACAACAGUAUCAAAAUUAUUAACACAAUGUAUGAAUAAUGGUGAGCAACAACCAUUACGUCAAACAUCAAGUGUAAAGAUAAGUCCAACCUAUUCAUACACUUCGGCUACUUUGUUGUCGACUGCUCCAGGUUCUGCACCAUCACCAUUGAUCAGAACCUUUUUGAGCAGAUCUUCAUCAAUGCCUUAUAUCAGAACACCGUCAAUGUUUUUGGAACGUGCUGCCAAAAAGGGUGGAGGUGGUGGCAAGGACAAGGGUAAAGAAGAGAUCCCCUAUGCCAACAUUAAACAAGUAGACCUUUCAACAAUGAAACAAAGAUGCGAAGCUACAAUGGACUUUGUCAAACGUCAGUUUGGAGAUAUCAGAGUUGGUCGUGCCGGUCCAGAACUAUUGGAACGUAUCACCGUUGAAACGCCAAAUGGAAAUAUGCAAAUUCAACACAUGGCAAUGAUUACAAUUAAAGAUGCUCUUACUCUUCAUAUUACUCCAUAUGAUCCAAAUAUGUUAAAAAAUAUUGAAAAAGCAUUACAAAAAUCAGAUUUGGGACUUAAUCCAACCGCAGUUGGAACAUUGAUUCGUAUCUCUUUACCAAAACCAACACAAGAUCUUCGUAAUAAGCUUCUUAAAAAUGUAAACACGAUCUCUGAGGAAGCAAAGGUCAGUGUUCGUAGACACCGCAAGGAAACGACUGACAGUGUCGUGAAACAAUUUAGAUUGACCAAGGACGAUGAAAAGACUAUUGAAAAGAAUAUCCAAAAAAUGACAGAUGAUUUCAUUGCUCAAGUUACCAAAGCAACUGAAUCCAAAGUAAAGGAAAUUAAUUCUUAA